AUGGAACCGUAUAAAUGGAUAGAAUAUUUUCCUUUAUUGCUUUAUAUCCAAAAUAAUAAUCAAUUGACAUGGAAACAAAGAGUCGUUAUAGUUACUUUCAUAAUUAAUGCAAUUUUACGACUACACCAAGAAAACUCCAUUCAUAGAGAUUUGCAUUCUGGAAAUAUAUUAUAUUGUAAAAAUAUAGAUAUUUGGUGUAUUAGUGAUUUUGGAUUUUGCGGCCCUGCUGAUAAACCAUUAGGAAGUAUAUAUGGAAAUCUUCCUUAUAUAGCACCCGAAGUUAUAUUUGGAAAAGGAUAUACUUUUGCAUCAGACAUUUAUAGUAUCGGUAUGCUUAUGUGGGAAAUUUCAUCUGGAAAACAACCAUUUGUUGGUUUAGAACAUAAUUAUGAUCUUGUAAUGAAUAUAAUGAAUGGAAUGAGACCAAAAAUCGUAUCAGGAACUCCAUUGGAAUAUGCAAAUUUAAUGGUACAAUGUUGGGAUGCUGAUCCAUUUAAAUGA